CGAUGCCUAGACUGGAAAGCCCUGACAACCGUAUUAUACGUCCUCUCCAAAGGAGAACAGGGUCCUAUAUAUAUCCAACUCACCGUCUUCAACAGACCGUCGUGAGUUCCGCACUGAAAAUUUGACCGAUGAGGUCCUUUCUCGCCAUUUCUUACCAUGAUGCCUCCAGUCACCCACCAGUAGACACCUCUUACACAACGUGAGCAGAAGCGCAUUGCCGUCAGCAGAGUGCUACACGCCUGGCUAGAUCUAGGUAAGGCACAUCCUACAACCAGGCCCAUGCACAUAGCAAACCAAUGCGCUCGGAGACAUAUAACUGUUCACGGUUCUAGGAAAGGGGGAGUCACCCACGACAUGCCUUCAUCUCUGCGCGCCCUAGCAGUCCUCUCCCUCCCAGUUUGGAUCGCAGAAACGGCCCUCCCCGCGACGAUGGCGUACAUCAGGGAAUUGAGGGACUCUGAAGAAGUCGACAAACAUCUCAGUUCUGGCAAUGCUGGAGGGGAUCCCAAACUGCUCUCUGACCACCCCGCCUCUUUCCUGGUUCAAGAGAUCCACGGAAAUUCAAAGGCGGCCGGCAGAAUCCAGCUCUGCCAGAAAUCACCGAACGCGGGGCGUAAGAUGUGGGCGAUUGGUUCUGUAGACUCGGAAACGAGAGAUGACGGAGUAGUCGGCGUGGACGCCUCAGGGGUACAGGGAGCAGGGGCCCUCGUGGAUCAGGCACGAAACGAGGCCGGGUUAAUAAAAGUUGGCUCUUGCAAGUACACGAGUCCUCAGACACGCCCUACGGCCAAGGCUUCUCAGAAACGCCAGGCGGCAUCUUGUUGCGCCUCUGAGCCGCAACGCGCUUCAGAAGAACCUAUUGUUGAAUCCUUCGAGGCGCUGCGGCUUGCUAUUUCAGGAGAUGGGGUUGUUGGUGCUUAUAUCAAGGUGCUGCGCGCAUUACACAGCUCGAACCCGGACUGCGACAUUAUCCCUUCCGACACGCUAAGCGAGCAAAACAUCCAGAGGAGACAACAAACAGUCCAUCAGGCUAUGGACGGCAGAAGAAGCAUUAUCAACAACAUUGUCAAGACCAGCAACACCUUUCACAAACAUCAUCAGCGAGAGGAGGGCGACAGAAGAGAACAAACACAGGAUACAACGCUCAUUUCCCGGUAG